CGUGAUGUUGAUCAAUAUAUAAGUGAGAGCACUAGUUAUAAGAAAACUAUAUGGGAGAGAAUAGAAAUGGAACUUGAGAAAAUAAAUGUAAAGAACCUUGGAUUCAAUCAUCCGAUUUGUUCAAGCGUUCUGAAUAUCAAGUCAGAACCCUUUACAGAUAUACUAAGAUCAGUUUGUGAUAUUUUUAAGAAACCAUUUCAAAAAUAUAAGUUAGAAUAG